GAGGGCACAUCCAAGAUGGCGGCGGCACUGAGGGGGCUGGCGCGGGCCGGGUUGCACCGCUUGCCGGGCCCGCUGCGCCGGGGGAUCCGCGCCUCGGCGCCCGCCGCCGUGCAGGUGACGGUCCGCGACGCGCUGAACCAGGCGCUGGACGAGGAGCUGGAGCGCGACGAGCGCGUCUUCCUGCUGGGCGAGGAGGUGGCGCAGUACGACGGCGCCUACAAGAUCAGCCGCGGCCUGUGGAAGAAGUACGGCGACAAGCGCAUCAUCGACACCCCCAUCUCCGAGAUGGGCUUCACCGGCAUCGCCGUGGGAGCCGCCAUGGCUGGGCUGAGGCCAAUUUGCGAAUUCAUGACCUUCAACUUCUCCAUGCAAGCCAUCGACCAGGUGAUCAACUCCGCUGCCAAGACCUAUUACAUGUCUUCCGGCAUGGUCUCGGUCCCGGUGGUGUUCAGGGGCCCCAACGGCACCUCGGCCGGUGUCGGCGCGCAGCACUCGCAGUGCUUCGCCGCCUGGUACGGGCACUGCCCUGGGCUGAAGGUGGUCAGCCCAUGGAGCUCCGAAGACGCGAGAGGUCUGCUCAAGUCGGCCAUCCGGGACGACAAUCCAGUUGUGAUGCUGGAACAUGAACUGAUGUAUGGAGUUCCCUUUGAGAUGUCGGAGGAAACGCAAUCAAAGGACUUCUUGGUUCCUAUUGGCAAAGCCAAAAUAGAGAGGCCGGGAAAGCACGUUACGUUAGUGUCGCACUCGAGGCCUGUUGGACACUGUCUGGAAGCAGCUGCUGUCCUUGCCAAAGAAGGGGUGGAGUGUGAGGUGAUAAAUCUCCGCACCAUUCGCCCAAUGGAUGUUGAAACUAUAGAAGCCAGCAUUAUGAAGACAAAUAACCUUGUAACAGUGGAAGGAGGUUGGCCACAGUUUGGAGUAGGAGCCGAAAUAUGUGCCAGAAUCAUGGAAGGACCUGCCUUCAAUUACUUGGAUGCUCCAGCUGUGCGUGUCACAGGGGCCGACGUUCCUAUGCCUUAUGCAAAGAUCUUGGAAGAGAACUGCAUACCUCAAGUGAAGGAUAUCAUCUUUGCAGUGAAGAAAACACUAAAUAUCUAGACUGUUACAAACAUGUUCUUCUAAAAUGUCUUAGUUUAAAACAUAUGGAGUGUACUGCCUUGUAUAGCUUCAUGAACCUUUCUGUACAGAAAGAAAAGGUUAAAUAACACUUUAAAAAUUAUUUAUAUGGCUAAUUGUGUAAUAAGCCAGCCUUUCAGUCACCCUUCAACUCUAAGCAGCUCUGUGGGGAAGUAUAUAGCUAUGUUUGUGCCAGUCUCAUGCUGUAAGUUUGAAUCUGUACCCUCUCUGAGAGUUGACGGUACCAGUGAACGGACUGUUCUAUUGCUGUCAGAGAAAGAGUCUCAUUCUAAAUGGUCUUAAUUUAGUAUGAGAAAUAAACGACUACCCAGC